UAGCUGCUCUAUUACCAAGAAAAAUAACUGAAGAAAUACAAAUAUAUUAAUGAAACUGACGCCGGAGAAAUUAAAACCCCUCUACUGAACUGCCUACCUUUUUAUUUGCAUCCCUAUCACCUGAAAUAACAAUAUACCGUUACUUCUUCCCACUUUCUACAUCUCAAACCAAAUGUUUCUCGCCUAAAUUACUUCAAUGUGUUAUUUGUUGUCAAAGCUGGCCAAAUUUCCAAAAAAGAAAUUAACAAUCAGAAAUAAGAACCUCAAGAUGUUCGCAUCAUUAGACCCCUAACGAAAGCACUUCCUGUCUGCUUUUGUUUGGCUCCACAUGUAGUUUAUGGUGUUAGUGGAAGGAAAGCUUCAGCUAGGCUAAAGGUACAUUCCUUUAUAUCUGGCUUUUGAUAAAUACACAGAGAGCCUCCACAUCAGUGCGUGUAAGUUUGUGUGUAAUUAUAAUAAGUUGAGUGAAAUGUGAUGGAAGUUUUCAGCUAACUUUUUAAGUCACCCUUCCUUUUCUUUUACGUCUCUUUGGCAACCACCGUCAUAAUAAAAGUCAAUUAAUGAUGGGAUGGCUAAUUAUAAAUAGUUCAGGUAAUUAGCAAAUCUCAAAUAAAACCCUUUAUAAUGUGAAUAUUUAUGUUAUUGCUGAAGUUGUAGACAAAAACAACAGCUGUACCUGUUUUCGGCUGCCACAGGCUGAAACUGGUGCUUCCUCGGCGACUUUGUGUCAGUGAUGUUUGUACUUAACACAACUCACCAACAACUUUUGUCCGCACAUGGACCACUGUUUGUUUAGGGGGACAUACCUUUGCAAUUCAAACCACACAAUUUUACAUGAAAGUCGGUCGUUGUUGAUGCAGAAACGUUAAUGGCGGAAUUAGUUUAGGAAUAAGAAGGGAGACAGGCUGGUGUCGUAUAACAACACUCCAUCUGCAUUUACAGCUAUCUGUUAUAAACUUUGAACAGCUUUCUUAUAUAUAUAUGUUCUGUAUUAUGUGGUGGUAUUUGUUUUCAUAGAAGAAAAGUAAUUAUAUAUACACACACACAAAGAAUUUAAACAUUGUUUUCGGGCAUAAUUAGAAGCUUUUAACAUGCCUCUAAGAAAUAGUCAUAUUCAAUUAAUAGAAAAAGAUGUAGUAUAAGAACGUGAGAAAGAUAGAAAGAAAGAAGUGAAGAAAGAUUAAAGAGAGAAAAGAAAGCGAUGCGUGAUUAGGGUAAAAAUAUAGCCAGCAGACGGAGUGUUUAAUGUAAUAAUAGAGGCGUCUGUAACAAGUAAUUGAAAGCUUGUGAGAAAAAUAGGCGGUUCACUCUAUGACAUAUUUAAGAUAGUAAUUAAAAUAAUAAGCUGGUCUAAUUCUGUUGGUUAGUCUAAGUAGACAUUUAGGGAACUAGUUUAUUUAUCCCACUCCCUGCUCCUCCUCCUCCCUGUUGUACUUACUUAACUAACGAGGUCGGGUGUCGAAGAGAUUCGUAUUAGUUGAGCUCUAUGGUAGGCCGGUGUUCUCAAAUCCGUAACAUGUGAAGCUUGCACUUGCUACAGGCGAAACUUUUAUCUAAUGAUUACAUAAUAUGAUCCCAGAGGCAAUCACAGUUGCUCACCAAAGCUUUCUCUGAUUUGUUGGCCUUCAAGUAAUUACCAUAGUUUAUUAGUUAAACCAGUUGGCUUUAAUAAUUCCAACAAUACAUAUUCCCCCACUUCGGCAAAGUAAAUCUUCAGCUUAUUAUUCGCCCGGAUAUUUUAUAAUUUACAUAUAAAUCGUACUUAACACGAGUCAAAGCGAUACCUUCGGGUUAAAUUUAUACAAAGAAAAGAACUUGGGGGGGGAAAAAAUCAAAGUGAUUGUAAUUGUGUCCUCCAUCUAAGAAGGGGAAACGUUUCCCCUUGAGAAGCUCUGAGAGUGAGAGCUACUUUUCUCCCUUAAAGUCUCCCAUACGAUGAAUGUGUGUGAAGUCUGGUUGCUAGUGUCUUUGUACUUGAUAAAAGCGUACUUAGUUGAUGUUGUGGAGUCCGGAGAGAGCUGUGUAUUAGUAAAUACCAAAUGCUACCGGCGAACCGGUUGUAGAAUGGCCCUGCAGAACUUUUUCUACGUUUGCUCUUCAGUAAUUGAAGGUGAAUCGAGAGGGUGUACUGUUGGUUGCAAGCGUGCUCUCAUUUCGUUGUUAAAAACUGAAGACAGAGCUGGCCGUGCUUACAUGAACUGUGAUUGUCGGGACGAUAAGAAAUGCCUGGAACAAAAACGACGCGUCGAGGUGUGCAAAAGCGAUGUCCUAGCAGAAUUGGACAGCGUGGACGAUAACACCACUCGAGUAUCUUGUACCUUAGCUAGAUUCACAUGUGAAGCAGACACUUCCUGCUUUGCGGCUCUUGGAUUUUACACAGAGAACUGCAGACGUUUGAUGAUGGGUGACAAAUGCACACCAAGAUGUAACAACAGCUUGAAUGUGCUACACCAGCAAUUCAAGGCAAGAAAGCUACAGACAUGUAACUGUGAUGGCACCGAGCCCUACGACUGUGAACGCAUUAAAGAAUUUACUGAGGAACUCUGUUAUAAUCGGCCUUAUCAUGUGAAAAACCAUCGGCCACAUCGACCAGACUGUGUUAAUUCAGCAUAUAGCAGAUGUGAUAGUCUCUUAACUAACACCGCAGCCAACCAUCGUUGGUUGUUUUGCUUCGGACAGUUACUCUCUAUAUUAAUAUUACUGCAGAUAAACAGGACGAAUUGGCUAUAGUACACACCAAAAGACACCCAUGUGCAAUUCAUAUUCUUUAUGCAUACAUACAGUGAACACAGCUACCCAACUAUAGUACAUAUAUAUAUAUUCUGCAUAUUGAACGUAGCCAGUGCAUUUAUAGCCAUAUUCAAUGAAGCAAUGUAGGUAUACUAACAAAAUUAGAAUAUUUAAUAUGUACUGUGAAGAUAUUUUGUACUGAACCUACACAAAUA